AUGGAGUACCUGAUCCGGUUCGCCCAGGUCCACGAGACAUUUCGGCAGCCAGAAAUCCAGGCCCUUGCGACGCUUGCUGGCGUCGACCUCGAAAUUGUUUCUUAUGAUGACUACUCACCAUAUUGCAUUGUAAAGUUGCAAGACGAAGCAGCAGCACGCGCGAUUAUCACGCGAAGUAUCCUUGCUAAAGAUAUUUCCGAGCUAUGGGGCCAAGGCACAAACUAUGAAGGACUGCACGCCCAGGUUCACCAACGGACACAGCAUCGCUGGACAUAUUACCGCGAGAAAUCCUUUGCGUUCGCGGUAGAUACGUUUGCAGGGAAGAGAAGCCAGAGCAAGAAGUCAGAAAUCAUCAAAUCAUUUGCAUACAUGGGUCUUGAAGGGCCCAUUCGCUUGAGGAAUCCCGAUGAGCAAUUUUAUGUGAUGGAGGAAUACGUCUCGGACCCGGAAGCAAGUAUCUUGGGCACACCGAAAGUGUCAGAUCCACGGAAGAUCUUCAUGGGCCGUUUGAUCGCCAAUAGUAAUCGGGAUAUCAUUGUCAAACAUGACCUGAAGAAACGCCGGUACAUCAGCACGACAUCGAUGGACGCAGAACUAAGCUUGGUGACGGCGAACAUGGCGCUCGCAGCUCCAGGCAAGGUCUUUUACGAUCCAUUUGUCGGUACCGGGAGCUUCUUGGUGGCUGCCGCACACUUUGGAGCCUUGACUCUUGGUUCGGACAUUGAUCCGCGCAGCUUUCGGGGAAAAGACUCGGAACGCGAGAAAGGCGAAGUGGCUCUCAUGCGCAACUUCAAGCAAUAUGACCUGGAAAGCAAAAUGAUGGAUCUUUUCAGCUCGGAUCUCACCAAUACACCUUUAAGGAACUGCCAGCUCCUGGAUGGAAUUACUUGCGACCCCCCGUACGGUGUACGAGAGGGUCUUCGCGUUUUGGGAACACGAGACGGGGUCCUCAAGGAACCGCGAAUCAUCGACGGAGUUCUUGCUCACACUCGACCUGGCUAUGUUCCACCUAAAAAGCCAUAUGGAUUCGAGGCACUGCAAAAAGAUGUUCUCGAGUUUGCAGCUCGUAAUCUCGUUCCUAACGGUCGCCUCGCAAUGUGGAUGCCCACAUCGAACGACGAGGCUAUCGAAUUCCCGGUUCCUAUGCAUCCGAAUCUAGAGGUUAUUAGCGUGUCUGUCCAAUACUUUCAAGCCUGGUCUCGUCGACUGAUGACCUACCGACGUCUCCCCGAGGGGGAAUUAUCUGAUACUACACAAGGAAGAGACAAAACCGACGCCCGUGGUAUUUGUGCAGAUGAACUCAACUCAUUCCGUCGCAAGUAUUUCACCCGAAAUGGUCCAAAGCCAGAAAAUGUCGAAUUAGCGCAAUGA